CUAUCUGCUUCAGUCAGAUUCAGAAGAAAACCGUCGCUGCUGUUUGAUCAACAUCCUGUCAGACUGAAGACCACACCCACCUUAUCUGACAGGGAGGGUGUGUGUGUGUGUGUGUGUGUGUGUGUGUGUGUGUGUGUGUGUGUGUGUGUGUGUGUGUGUGUGUGUGUGUGUGUGUGUGUGUGUGUGUGUGUGUGUGUGUGUGCUCUGUCACUAUGAAGCCAUGAAAACGUCCAUUCAUUGCUGUCUUAGAAAUAAAUGUAAUGCUAUACAUGAGUUUAGGUGAGAGACACAAAUAGUAAACACUGUCUGGGAGGAGGGGGAGAGGAGGAGGAGGAGGAGGAGGAGGAGGACGAAGAGGAGGAGAAUACCAUCUGGAGGCAAAGAAAGACAAACUAUGGGAGAAGAGACAGAAGAGAGAGACAGACGGACGCUGAGGAGACAUUUAGAAACAAACUGCAGACAGACGAAGUGACAGCUUCAGAUCCAGAGACAGAUAGAGAGAAGACAGACGGAGGAGGAUGAGGAUGAGGAGGAGGAGGAGGAGGAGGUGCUGAAGGAGGGAGAUUAAAAACAGACUCAGCAGAGCAGAGACGUCCAAACUGAGGAGGAUCAGAGAAGAAGAACGCGUCACUCGUCUGCAGAGUAAACGACUUAGAGACGAGACAGGAGGAGGAGGUGGAAAAAGAGGAGGAGGAGGAGAAGGAGGAGGAGGCACCAAACCACCCACAGAGAGAGAGAGGUUCCUCACAUAGACAGACACACACUGUUUUAAUGUUGGCGUUCACAGCAGCUACUCUCUGACAACAGAAAGUUCCUCCUGAACAGACGGGAAACAAACCACAGAAGAAGGAGAAGGAGAAGAAGAAGAAGAAGAAGAAGAAGAAGAAGAAGAAGAAGAAGAAGAAGAAGAAGAAGAAGAAGAAGAAGAAGAAGAAGAAGAAGAAGACUUUUAAAGUCACAAGAAGGAACUCUGACUGAAAACUCACUUCCCUCCAAACUUCACUAAAGAGGAGCAGACUCACCAGAGUGCAUCAUGGGAACAUCUUGAGUCCACAGAGACCCUGAAGACCUGAACGCCGUCGUCCUCUGGUUCCUCCUCCACCACACCCCCCAGCAUGCUGGUCAGGCCGACCCAGGGCCGGAGCCCUGCAGGUGGAGCAGGAGGGCUGCUGCUGGUCCUGACGGUGAUGAUGAUGAUGAUGAAGGUGGUGGUGAUGGAGGCAGCGAGCGCUGAGGAGGUGGAGAGUGAGGAGAGCGAGGAGAUCCUGGAGGAGGACGAGGUCGUCAGCACUGAGUUCCUGGAGCCGCUGUCCUCCGAUCUGUCCAGAGUGUCUCCCCUCAGCUCCUGGCUCAUCUUCAGAAGAAACUCCAACAAGGGGGACAACCGGAGAACCAAAGGAACCAGGAGAACCUCCAAGCAUGGUCUUCCAGGACCUCCAGGACCUCCAGGACCUCCAGGGCCCCGGGGGCCUCCUGGUCCCCGCCCCCUCCUCCCCCAGCAGCAGGAGCUCCUGCAGGAGCUGCAGCUCAAACUGAGAGACCUGGCAGCAGGAGUGUGUCUUCAGUGUGAUGGUCCUCCUCGUGUCUCCACCUCCUUCCUCAGUCGCCUCCUGCAGGCCGUCAUCAUCCCCCGUCGCAGCCUGCUGGAGCUGCAGCCUUUCAGCCAGCCCUCAGACUCGGAGCGGAACCUCCAGAGGGGGCGGAGCUUCAACAGCAGCAGCGGCCGAUUCACAGCCGCCGUGUCCGGCUUCUACCAGCUGACCGCCAGCCUGCUGAUAGAGACAGGAGACAGAGUCCAGGUGAGACUCAGAGACAGCGUGAGAGCAGCCGUCUGCAUCGAGUCGCUCUGCCAGAGCAACCUCUCCGUGGAGUCGGUGAUGGGCGUGGCGGCCGCUGGAGGAACGUUCAGCAUCUUACUGACAGGAACUCUUUAUCUUCAGGAUGGAGAGUACGUGUCGGUGUUUGUGGACAACGCCUCCGGUUCCUCCAUCAGCGUCCUGAAGGACUCUCUGUUCUCUGGAGUUCUGCUGGGAGUCUGAAGAUCUCCUCCUCUUCUGAUCUCUAGAGUCUUGAUCCACAUGGUUCUAACAUGUGACCUGGGACUCAGAGGUCAAAGGUCAGAGGACCUCUGAGAGCUGGUGUUUGUGGAGCGCCACCUGGUGGACAUUAGAGGACCUUCUGUGGACAACCUUUAAAGGACUCAUGUUUGGAUCACUGAGGAUAUUUUCUUAUUUUACAUUUUAUUAAAUCUUUAUAUUUAACGUUUUUAUGUUGAGUUUAUUCUGUUUUGUCAAAGUGAAACUGAUAUUUGAUGAAAAAACAUUUCUUGACUCUCGUGUCCUCCUUCAUGUAUCUGAAGCUGCUCCUCACUGAGGCAGCAGUGUUUGUACAGAUUGAUGAUGUAUCAUGUGACUUUAAUCUGAAUAUUUAUUCUCUGGACGUCAUAAACAAGUUGUGAAUAUUUCAAAUAAUAAAUCUGUUUCUGCUUCAGAUGAAUUUAACUGAGUUGAAUAAUAAAUUA